AUGGAUAGUUCAAAAUCGCGCAGACCAGGUGCUCUGGUCUCUGAUUCUGAUAAAGACUCUCUUUUAUCUCACCGUACCUCGGAUACAUCUGAGGAAUCCGGCCAUUGGAUCAUAAUUCCUCCGCAAUCCGUCUGGAAUAUCGAGCUCGAGAAUAAAUAUAGCCGACUUGCCACAGAGAUUGCUGCUGCACAGCCCAUCGCCCUCUUCGCAGCCGUCCUUUCUGGAGGCGAUAAACUAAAUGACAACAUCGCCGCCACUUCUAUUGAGGUUACUGAAUUCGCCACACCGAUCGUAGAUGAUUUAAACUCGAUGGGUGGUGAUACAUCCAUCUCGCUUGAAAGCCUUCUUGAGGCACACUUUACUGCAGGCCUUCUACCAUUCUUGCGUCUUGCGGGAUUAGUUCGUGCUCGUUGGUCAACUAAAGCUAAAGGCUCUUCCACUCCCGAUUUCGAAGUGACAUCCAAGGAGAGUGAUAAUGGUGAAUCUGAUUUCAGCCCAUUACAGUUGCCGUUUGUCGGUCGGCCAGGUGGACUGACACGUCGGCAAUUAAGGGACACAAAUUUGAGGCGGAAAAAUGCGAAACAGGUUGGAUUUAUACUUAUGAGAAGAAUUACAUAUCCUAUGUGGAUGAUUUAA